CGCGGGCGGAAGGCGGGAGGGGCGGCGCGGUGACGCACCUGGCGGCCGGCGUGCGGUGCGCGCCGCUUCGGUUCCCUUGGGUCUCGGAAGUCGGUGCUCGAGCCCGGAGGCGGUGGCGGCGAGAGGACGCGGAGGUGUAGAAAAAUCCUGCAGAAAUGUCUCUGUAUCCAUCUCUUGAAGAUUUGAAGGUAGACAAAGUAAUUCAGGCUCAAACUGCCUUUUCUGCAAACCCUGCCAACCUAGCGAUUUUGUCUGAAGCUUCUGCCCCCAUCUCACAAGAUGGAAGUCUCUAUCCCAGACUGUAUCCAGAGCUUUCCCAGUACAUGGGCUUGAGUUUAAAUGAAGAAGAAAUACGUGCCAUGGUCCCUGGAGCACCCAUUCAGGGGCAGCUGGUAGCAAGACCUUCCAGUGUGAACUGCAUGGUGGCUCCUGUAACAGGUAACGAUGUUGGAAUUCGGAGAGCAGAAAUAAAACAAGGGAUUCGUGAAGUCAUUUUGUGUAAGGAUCAAGAUGGAAAAAUUGGGCUCAGGCUUAAAUCAGUAGAUAAUGGCAUAUUUGUUCAGCUAGUCCAGGCUAAUUCUCCGGCCUCAUUGGUUGGUCUGAGAUUUGGGGACCAAGUCCUGCAGAUCAGUGGCGAGAACUGUGCAGGCUGGAGUUCGGAUAAAGCCCACAAGGUGCUCAAACAGGCUUUUGGAGAGAAGAUCACUAUGACCAUCCGUGACAGGCCCUUUGAACGGACAGUUACCAUGCACAAGGACAGUACUGGGCAUGUUGGUUUCAUCUUUAAAAAUGGAAAAAUAACAUCCAUCGUGAAGGACAGUUCGGCUGCCAGGAACGGCCUUCUGACUGAGCAUAACAUCUGUGAAGUCAACGGGCAGAAUGUCAUCGGACUGAAGGAUUCUCAAAUAGCAGACAUACUUUCAACAUCUGGGACCAUAGUUACUGUAACAAUCAUGCCUGCUUUCAUCUUUGAACAUAUUAUUAAACGGAUGGCACCAAGCAUUAUGAAAAGCUUGAUGGAUCACACCAUUCCUGAGGUUUAAGUCUUAGCACAACAGAAGCACAACUGCACUUCUCCAGUUUCCUUCCUCGGCAACUUCCGCAUCGCACAAUGGAGCGUUCCUGGAGCCAGGGAACAUAUGCUGCAUGAGGACCUUUCUGUCUCACAUCAUGGCUGGGAUCUUAACUGUUUCAUCUGAUACCUGCUUCUGAUUUCAAGAUAGUUGUAGCCUUAUCCUGGUUUUACACAUGUGAAACCUUCACAAGAUUUACUGACUUUCCUGGAACAGUUCUCUGCUGGAAACCUGAUACUCCCAUAAGUCAUCAUGAUCAGGGUGAAGCUUGCAUGAGAACUAGUCACGCUGAUUUUUCUCGGGGAAUGCACAGUGCUGUUAGUCUUACUUCAGUUCUGGGGUAUCUUUGCAUUUCCCACGUUACCAUGGUAUAUUGGUAUGACUGUGUCCAGUAAUUUUUUAAGUUCUCUGUGUGUAAACACCAGUAAGGUACACUGGUACCAUUUCUAUGUAAGCAUUACACAGCAUAUGCAGGUUGCAAGAGACUACGAUUGUCUUUAAAGUUUAACUACCUUCACUUAACAUGCUUGACUGUUGCCUUAACUAUGUUAAGCAUCUAGCAUAAAAGCCAAAAUAUAAUCAUUGCUGCCUUUGUAAAGCCCAAAAUGUAGUUCUGUAUUAAACUGAAAUGUACACUAGUUACUGAUACUUCUGAGCUUUGACACAGCUGCUUAUAUUUGAGACUUUUUAGUCAGUGCAUAGUAGCAAAUUGUUUCUGAAAACAAGUCACUAUGUAUUUAAUGUGAAAAUUCUUACACUCUACAGAAUAAACUUUGGACUCUUCAUUUGUAGAUUAAGUGGGAUAAUACUUAAUUUUGGCUUUUGAAUCUUAACCUGUAGCCUAGCUACUGUGAUAUGGCCUUAGAAUGUUUCCCUGUUAAUAUGUUACUGAUUCCUCCCUGCAAAAAAAAUGACAGUGACAUUUGUCCUGAUUUUUGUUUCUUCAUUUUGUUUUAUGCUAUCCAAUUAAACGUAAAAAUAAAAGUUAAA